GGGUGCGGCGGCCCCUUUUCCUGCUGCUGCCCUUUCUCUUCUGCCCUCUGGUGAGUGCUCCUGGCGGAGGCGGGAGGCGCAGGAGGGGCGCAGCCGGUAGCGGUCGAGGGGAAGCAGAGGGGCACAGCCAUUAACGAUCUGCGGGAGGCGGGUUCCUUGAAACUGUGCUAUGAAUGGUGAUUCUGGAGUGGGGGUGGUGACUUCACCACCCCCAACAACAGCUCCUCAUAAGGAGAGGUAUUUUGAUCGAGUUGAUGAAAAUAAUCCAGAAUAUUUGAGAGAGAGGAAUAUGGCACCUGACCUUCGCCAGGAUUUUAACAUGAUGGAACAGAAGAAGAGAGUCUCCAUGAUUCUUCAAAGCCCAGCUUUUUGUGAAGAGCUGGAAUCUAUGAUCCAGGAGCAGUUUAAGAAGGGGAAGAACCCAACAGGUUUACUGGCUUUACAGCAGAUUGCAGAUUUCAUGACAACGCAUGUACCGAAUGUCUACCCUGCAGCACCACAAGGCGGAAUGGCUGCUUUAAACAUGAGUCUUGGCAUGGUGACACCAGUGAAUGAUCUGAGAGGAUCAGAUUCCAUUGCCUAUGAAAAAGGGGAGAAGUUGUUACGAUGUAAAUUGGCAGCUUUCUACAGAUUAGCAGAUCUCUUUGGCUGGUCUCAGCUUAUUUACAAUCAUAUAACAGCCAGAGUAAAUUCUGAGCAGGAGCACUUCCUCAUUGUACCUUUUGGACUCCUUUACAGUGAAGUUACUGCAUCCAGUCUGGUUAAAAUCAACAUUCAGGGAGAUGUAGUUGAUCGUGGAAGCACUAACUUGGGAGUAAACCAGGCUGGGUUUACUUUGCACUCUGCAAUUUACGCAGCUCGACCCGAUGUUAAAUGCAUCGUUCACAUUCAUACGCCAGCAGGGGCAGCGGUAUCUGCAAUGAAGUGUGGUCUCUUGCCAAUUUCACCUGAAGCACUUUCUCUAGGGGAAGUAGCUUAUCAUGACUACCAUGGUAUUUUAGUGGAUGAUGAAGAAAAGGUGGUGAUUCAGAAAAAUUUGGGGCCUAAAAGCAAGGUCCUUAUUCUCAGAAACCAUGGCUUAGUAUCAGUUGGAGAGACUGUUGAGGAGGCUUUCUACUAUAUUCAUAAUCUAGUGCUUGCCUGUGAGAUUCAAGUACGUACCCUGGCCAGUGCAGGUGGACCUGACAAUUUAGUGCUUCUAGAUCCUGGAAAGUAUAAAGCCAAGUCUCGUUCCCCUGAGUCUCCAGCAGGUGAGGGUACUAUAUCCCAUCCAAAAUGGCAGAUUGGCGAACAGGAGUUUGAAGCGCUUAUGCGAAUGCUUGAUAAUCUGGGUUACAGAACUGGCUAUCCAUACCGAUGCCCUGCUCUGAGAGAGAAGUCUAAAAAGUACAGCGAUGUCGAGAUACCAGCUAGUGUCACAGGUUACUCCUUUACUAGUGAUGGCGAGUCAGGCAUUUGCUCCCCCCUCAGACACAGUUUUCAGAAACAACAGCGAGAGAAGACAAGGUGGCUGAACUCUGGCCGAGGGGAUGAUGCUUCUGAAGAAGGGCAGAAUGGCAGCAGUCCCAAGUCGAAGACUAAGGUGUGGACGAACAUUACACACGAUCACGUGAAACCCUUGCUGCAGUCUCUCUCGUCCGGUGUCUGCGUGCCAAGCUGUAUUACCAACUGCUUGUGGACUAAAGAGGAUGGACAUAGAACUGCCACCUCUGCUGUCCCCAACCUGUUUGUUCCAUUGAACACCAAUCCAAAGGAGGUCCAAGAAAUGAGGAACAAGAUCCGAGAGCAAAACUUACAAGAUAUCAAAACUGCAGGCCCUCAGUCCCAGGUUCUUUCUGGGGUAGUUGUGGACAGAAGUCUUGUACAGAGAGUUUCUGUUUUUAAGGAUGCUCCCCUCUCAGACUGUACGGAAUCUAUUGAAGGGCUCGAUCUCACAGAGCAGGCCUUUAGCCCCGCUAAAUCUCUGUCUGUUAGAAAGGGAGAACUGGUGACUGCAUCAAAGGCAAUAAUUGAGAAGGAAUAUCAACCCAAAGUCAUAGUGAGCACGACAGGACCAAAUCCCUUCAAUAAACUCACCGAUCGGGAACUGGAAGAGUAUCGCAAAGAAGUAGAAAGGAAGCAGAAGGGACCAGAAGAUAACACUCAGUUUGCUGCUGCAUGGGUUUCUUGUCAGACCACGCAGCAAGUCAUCACACAUCUUAACCGAGAAGAGCCAGAUGGGCAGAAGUCCUCCCAUAAGGAAUUUCAUACUGCAGUGAUCAAAGCAUUAAGGUCCAAUCCUGUCCUUUUGGCUGAGGCCUCAGAACCUUCAGAAGAUGGCAGGCCACAGAAAGAGAGAAGUCCCCCUGAUCCCACUUCAGCUCGCACUCCUCCCAGCACGCCGAUUAAAAUAGAGGAAGAGAGACAGCAGGACCAGACUUACAAAGAUGACAGUGACGCUGCAACUUUCAAGCAAACCCUCCCAGAUCUCACCCCUGACGAGCCUUCAGAAGCACUCAGCUUCCCUCCCUUAGGGAAGGAGGAAGGGAGGUGUGAGGAAGAUGUGCCCAAAAGCCAAACGGAAUCACCUGCAGUGGAAACCAAGGAACCCCAGCCUCAACCUGCUGAAGAGCCAGUGACACCAACCACGGAGGAGGGGCCGGCAGCCGAUGCAGGUAGUGAUGAAUCUCCAGGGAAGUCCCCAUCGAAAAAGAAAAAGAAGUUUCGCACUCCUUCCUUCCUGAAGAAGAGCAAAAAGAAGAGUGACUCCUAAAGGCCAAACACACUGCAGAAACACUGUCAUUCCCACCUCCAUUAACCACUAGAAUGUACCAGAUCGUACCGAGUGUUUUGUCGUACUUAUGUAAAUGAAUGCAACAGGUAACCCAACCAGCCCCUCGAGUUAUGGCUUGAUUGUUUGAGGUUGUAACCAGAAACUAAUGGCCAAAAAGGUGCUAAUCCUGUGUUUUCAGCAGCUACCGCAGAUCUGAUCCUGAAUUUGGAAUCAAAUGUGAAUGACUUCCAUGUGGAAGGCAUCGAACCGCUAUUCUUGAUUUAAAGCCUGCGCUGCUUUACAAAUGAAUAAAGAGAUGUUCACAAUUACAAAUAAACCACACAUGGCUUACACCAAGGAGCGUUCUUCUCCCAUGUUCUGUUCCAAGUCACAAGUAAGCUUCCUUUUAAGUGCUGACUUCUUGAGCGGAUGCUGUUGCAGUGACGCUCUCGAGGGGAGGUGUUCUUGAACUGACAUGUGAGUACAUGCUCGCAAACCCUGUUUUAGUCAAGCUUUGAGGCUAGUCCAUUCCUUCCUCUCUCUCCCCUCUCACCAUUGUAACAAAACAAAGGUGUUUUUCACUUUAUUUUCUAACUGGCUCGUGAAAUCAUCUUUGCUGUCCAGGACUGAAAUAACCAUGGUGUGUUCCGCUCACAGUUGUGCGUUAAGAGCCCAAUCCUACUUCCUAGCAAAUGCAGUUGAAGGGAAAUGUGACUUCUGAGUCUUGCCUCCCUAUGGAUUGCUCACAUGGUGAUUAGGCUGUUAGAACAGAUUAAAAGUAACUGUACUGGAAGUGUCUGGGAGGUUUCGCAGUGGUGAUGUGAAGCCUGGGCUGCUGGUUUGGGCCUUAGCAGAGGGUUUGGGUGCAGGGCUGCUGCACGUAAACCCUGCUUGCAGCCUUCCGUGUGUGUUCUUCCCAUGAUAACAAUGUAAAUGCAUUACACUGAAUAGGUAACCUUGUUUUAUAUGAAUUAUUUUCACUUACAAAAACUGGUGUUUCUUUAAUAUUUUAUUUUUGUUGCCAGCGGUGAAGUACAGAAACCCCAAGUAACCUUAAAAGGUGUAUUUUCACAGUUUGCUAUAAAUGUUUGUUUAAUAUGUAGCAUGGUAAAGAAAAUCACUUUUUGCCACUGAACUCGCUAUUUCCCAGUCACUGCCAUGCUUCUGUCUGUCACCCGUCCUAACAGUAGUGCCAGGUGGGGUAGGGAGGGCUGGAACCCGUUGGGUUCCUCAUGUCAGUGUUUCUGGUUCAGCAGCAGCAAAUGCUGAGAGCCCUGCGAGGAGAGGGCAACGCGCUGACUCACGGCAAGCGGCUGUAGAAAACAGGAUGUGGCUGGCACCUCUUAGAACAAUAGUAAACGUUGCAGUGGGUAAAAUAGCAGCAAACUAAUGCCUUACGCUGCUGCGGCAGAGCAGGGGCACGGCUCAGGCUGGGAGAUGGAAGGGGAAAUGGAGCUUUGGGUGCGGAAAGAGACUUGGAAGAGGGGUCGGUGCCAAAGCAAGGCAGGCGACUGCCCAGGGCCGCAGCGGCUUCACGUGUGCUUGAACCUUGUGUCCCCUCUGCCCACUCUUAAGAGUGCAGUGCUCACCUUGCUGAAUCAUGUUCUAGCGCAGGGUCCUAAUUCAGUGACUAAUUGCUGUAUGUUUCAGUUCUUUAAUGGAGUCCCCCCAUUUCUCUCGACCACGUAUGCAAUGACUCUUUAAUUUCUAAUUUUGUAGUUUGUUCUUUUAAUUCUUUGUAUUACAGUAUGAAAUGUAGUCAUGUAUGCUAUGGUUACACACUUCGGGGUAGAAUAAAGUCCUGUAUUUUUUUCUCUUGUAUCAUUAAGUUCUACUCACAAAUAAAAGUCUUAAAACCUUCA